AACCCCCCAAAGCUGUCGGCAUUAACUCAGACUGUCUCCUCCCCUAUAUACACACACGCACGCACGCACACACACAAACCCCCCAUCGUCACAAACCCUAACUCACUCUCUCUCUAGCCUGGAACCUCCAAUGGCAGUGGACACACUCCAACUGCGCAAGGCCUCGCUCGUCGUUGCCGGACCUCCGAUGGAGCCGCCUCAUCCGCCGCCUUCGCUGGCUUCCUCCAAGGACGCGCCGCUGUUCAGAGGUACGACCAAGGAAACGCAUUUUAGAGGUGUUCGCAAGCGUCCGUGGGGCCGAUUCGCCGCCGAGAUUCGCGAUCCGUGGAAGAAGACGCGCAAGUGGCUCGGCACCUUCGAUACGGCCGAAGAGGCGGCGCGUGCCUACGAUGACGCCGCCCGGAGCCUCCGCGGUCCCAAAGCCAAAACCAACUUCGGCCACGGCGGACUCGCCGGAACCACUCGGGCACCGCCGCCUCCGUCUCUCGGGAUCGUCGGUGGUGGAGAAAUUUUCGGCGACGCAAUGCAGUUGUGGAGGCAGCCAAUGUACUUUCCCGGCUCGGUGACCGGAGGUGCUCCGGUGAGGUCGGAGUACAAAGGUUACAAGCUUGAGAAUGUGGAUGUGGUGGUGAACGAGCAGGAGAAGAAAAUGAGGAAGGAGAAGAAGCCAUUUUUGUUCGAUCUAAAUCUACCGGCACCGCUGUUCUGAGCCUCCGAACGUUGGCUUCCGGUGAGAGGGCUAUCGAGCUACUAUCGUUUCUGCAUUUUUUUUUUCUCUUUCCUUCUGUGAAGCUUCAUUCCAUUUUUGCCCCUGCUGGUCAGUUAUAUUUCCACUUAUGUACAGCUUUUUUUUUCUUUUCUUCUUUCUUUAUUCACCAAAUAUGCAGCUAAGAACGGGCUUAAAAGCUUAAUGACAUGUUUAUGUUAAUCUUCGGUUGCUUUGGAGUUUGGAUA